AUGGACAAACAAAUUGAGAAAAGAAAUGAACAAGUGCAGGAACUUAGAAACAAAUGCAAGGAACUCGAGAAGGAAUUUGAGAUACUUUGCCAGCAAAAUGGUAGUACACAUACGCCAGGAGAACUUAAGGUCCUUCACAUUAGGAGAUUGAAGGAAUACAAUGAGCUCAGAGAUACAGGACUAAGGUUGGUGCAAAUAAUUGCUGGAGAAAAACAGUGCAAAUUGAAGGAGGUUUUCGAUGAAAUGGGGUUUGACAUGGAAGAUCGUUAA